UUCUUACUUCUAUUCGGUCAAUUAAUAGAAAAGAAGAAGCAGCAAGCACAAGAGUUUAUUGCCAGAAUAGAAGGGUGGGAACUAGUUGUGAUUUUUGCCCUGAUUUUAACAGAAGAAACAAAGCAGUUUGCCAAAUAAGAACUCGCAGUAAAGUAAGUCAUAAAAUAGUUGAUAAUGCUUGUGCUUGUGAAGAGUGUAAAGAAAAGUUUGAAAACAAUGAACUGCCUAAAUGUGAGAAGUGUGGACAAUUGAAGACCAGAAUGAGUUUUCAUUACAAUUGUUCUGAAAAUAAGGAAAAAGAAUUACCAGUUUUACCUCAUGAAGAAAGAGUUGCUACUAGAUAUGAACGACAAAUAAAUACUUUAAGAGAAGAAAAAGUUGUGGCGGAAGAAAUAAUUGAGGAGGAAAGAGCCGCCCAUGAAGACUUUAUGAAAGAAUUGUUAGAUCGAAUUAAAGAGUUAGAAGUUGAAGUUGCCAGACUAAAAAAGCAAACCUCCCAAGAACUAGAAAAAGAAAUCAACGAAUUAAAAUCACAAUUGGCUCAAUUGCAACAGCAGAAUAAUCAAUUAGUUGCUCAAAUUGAAACUCCUCCUAAGGACAAAGGCAUCAAAAAUCUAUUCAAAUUUAAUUGA